AUGGACUUGAAGAUUCUACUAGCCCUUUUUGCAUCUCACUUUUAUUUCAGUGUAAGCUUCCCUAUUCAGGUGAACACUGAACAAAGCUAUGAAGGAGUUGCCUUCCCAGAGAGUGAGGAAGAAUCCAUUUUUAGUUUAAUUUUAAAAUCCAAUAAAGGCAGCAAGACCCGUUUAUAUGAAGGUGACAUUACCCCAAAAAGACAUCGCAGUGCCAUAGUCUGUCCAUUUAACUGGUGCUUUUGGCCCAAAUCAUCUAAUGGACUCGUUGUCAUCCCCUAUGUCAUCUCUUCUUCCUACACUCAUGAGGAGAAAGCUCUGAUUGUUGGUGCCAUCCAAGAAUACGAGACCUUGACUUGUAUUCACUUUGUAGACCGCACAACGGAAACUGACUAUAUAUAUAUUUCUCCUAAGGAUGGCUGCUGGUCUUACUUUGGAAAGGUUGGGGGCUCCCAGGUGGUGUCGGUGCGCAAAGGAGGUUGCAUGAGAAAAGGAAUCAUUCAGCAUGAACUAAACCAUGCACUGGGGAUGCUGCAUGAACAGAACAGGAACGACAGGAACAAAUAUGUAGUGAUUUCAUGGCAGUACAUUAGUCCAGGUGAUUUUUAUCACUUUAAGCCAACCAGAGCUAAUAACCUGGGCCUCAAGUAUGACUAUUCCUCCGUGAUGCACUAUCACAGAUUUGCUUUCUCCAAUACAUCUGGAAAGGCAACCAUUACACCAUUCCCUGAUAGCACAGUGCCCAUUGGACAGAGGUUUGGACUGAGUAACCUAGAUGUGGCCAAAAUCAAUAAGUUAUAUGAAUGUGGGAUCCAUAGCACUUUGCUCUCUAAUUUGACUGGAAGCUUUUCCUCCACUGUCUACCGAUCAUCAUACCCAAAGAAUACCUACUCUGUAUGGCUGAUUCGUAUCCCAGCAAACAAAAUUUUCCUGCAGUUUAAUUCCUUAUAUAUCCAGUCCUCCUCAGACUGUGCUUCCAACCAUAUUCUGGUUUACGACGGAGGCAGCAGGAGAGACACUGUCUUUCUGAACAAAUUGUGUCGACCAAAGCAGCUCCCCUCAGUAGUGUCUUCUGGGAACAUGAUGCUUGUGGAGUUGGUCAGUGAUGGCACUACAUUGCCCAAAUUUAAGGCUUCUUACAGUUCUGUGCAAUGUGGCAAGACUUUUACUGCCAUGAAUGGGAAAUUUGAGUCUCCACUGUAUCCUUCUCACUAUCCUCCGCUAACAGACUGUGCCUGGAUAAUGAUAGCGCCAGAAGGAUCCAAGAUAUCAUUGACUAUUUUGUCCUUCCUUCUGGAGGAUUCCUUUCAAUGCCAGCAUGACUACCUGGUUAUUUAUGAUGGAGGUACAAUCACAGCCCGUUCUGAGGGUAAAUACUGUGCGAAUGACAUAGUUCCAGGCUUCAUCUCCUCUGGGAACUCAGUGCUUGUCCAGUUCCACAGUGACUACUUCCUGCAGUAUCUUGGAUUCCAGGCUGAAUACUCAUUCAUUUCAUCCUGAGAGAUGCCUGAAAGGACUACUCUGACC